UAACUCUCAUCAUGUUUGACUCAUUCAACUUUUGGUUCUCAGUACAGGCACUGGAGCUACAUUAGCCUACUCUUGAUUGUAAAAGAUACAUUGUGGAUUUUGUUUUCGAUAGGAAAGCUCAUAGCUGUUGAAAGAUGUCUGGUGGAUUUCUACAAAUGCUUAACAAGAGGAAGGAGUUGAUUCCUUUGAUUGGGUUUGUUGGUUUUGCUGCACUUGGAGCAGCAACAGCCUCAAUUUACUUUUUAUUCACCAAACCUGAUGUCAUUUUAAACAAGACCAGAAACCCUGAGCCCUGGGAGAGACUCGAUCCAUCAAAACCACAGAAGCUUAUAACUAUUAACCAGCAGUGGAAACCAGUGGAGGAACUUGAGCUAGUGAAAAAACUGACAAAAUGACACCAUCUCCUCCUCUCCUCUGAAUGUUCAUGCAGAUUAAAUCAGGAUGUCAGAUCUGAUUUAAUCUAUAAAACUAUAAAACUGAAUAUAUCUGUGAAUGUAUCCAUGUAUUUUUAAAUAAAGAACAGCUAAUGAG